AUGGCAUCUUUUCUCUCUUCCCCGCCUCUCAAAUCAUUGACUCUAGAGUUGUUUACCCAGCUCAAAGGGCGCAGUGAAAAGUUUCUAUUCGAGAUCAUCAACACGAACUGGAAGUGCAAGUUCUGCCGAACCGCCAACGAGCUGACUGAAUCUGAGGUCAUUGCACCUGGUUUCCCUGCCUUCAUAACAGUUUCUAGUGUGACCUCGGGCAAGGAACCCGAAUUUUUCGCGAACUAUAGAGGAACAACCUGGCGUGCGGGAGGCCCUCAGAUUCAGAGUGUAUACACCUAUCACUUAAGCUACAGAGAGGUCUUGAAUGUCUUCCGUGGAGAUCAAGGCAUCGUUCACAAGAUUGUUGUCACCCCAGCGAGUGGCGGCCUGUUGAGGACUCAAAUGGGAUGGACCCCGAGCAAGACGAAGACAGAAUGUCGUAUAAGGUUCAAUCUUGUGGACGCCAUCGAUAAAGGGACAAUACCGGAUUUCGAACAUAUUGAAUACGUGCGAGAUCACCUGGAGCACUUGCCUGCGAACCCUGUCCGCGCGACCGAGCUUCGUGCCGUCGGACCGCCUUCCAAUAUCAUCGGCAUUAUGCUCAUCAGGAACUAUCAGGUGAAGCAUAUUCUUGACCCUGAUGUGAUACUCCAAACACCAAGAUAUGGUAGUAGUGAAUGCGUCAUUGGCCCCCCUUAUCAGCCUGGGGACCUGAACCGGUUCAGGGUUUUGUUGGACGACGCAUUCAUUAAGUACCUCGACGUGGAUACAGAGGAGGUGUCCAACAAUCUAUGCGCGGCGUGGGAGGCUGAACCAGGGAGACUCUAUGAACUUGUUCUGACCACUUGCAACGGAUUGUGGCGGUACCGACUUGGUGAUGUAGCUGAGCUGUUGGGCUUUGCUCCAGACGAUGGUUCUCCCGUAGUGAGAUUCGUUGAACGGCGGAAUGCGGUGAUAAAAUUCGAUACCACAUUUCUCACGGAAGCCCAACUGGUCCAAUCGAUAUCUUCUGCAACCCAAGACACGAUCGGUGUGAACAAGAAUAUUAAGCGCGCCUAUGAUACUGGGGCGUUCGGUAUGCCCACAAUACGCAUCGUCAAGCCUGGAACAUUCACGCAAUACAGAAAAUGGAAGGGCGAAGCGGUUGUGAUUGGCACCUGUCAAGUGAAAGUGCCUGUGGUGAAGUCCGACACCACAGCUCAGGAAUGGAUAAUGAACAGAGUAGAAUUGGAAAUCCAAAUGUCCCCGACGUAG